CUGAUCACAAGUUUGAAUAUUAUUAUGACAGCACGGCACGUUAUGGAGAAAUACACAACCGAAGACUGUUUGUUGUCAGUGAUAAGUUAGCUAAGAAAGACAUCUGGCAUCAGUUUGAUGGUGUUGCUGUUGCAGAACCAUCGUCAAACGUACUUGCAGAGUUGAUUAACUUUGUGAAAGACACAUACAGAAAGAAAAGUAUCAUGCGAAUGAACCUGUUCUGUUCCCACUUUUGCCCUGAAUGGUUCAGGGUUGGCACAGAUGCUCUCACAGAGACAUUUAAAGAAUCAUUUGAAAAAUUGGACUCACUUGUGUUUUGUUUAAAGAGGAUUUAUUUUCAACAUACAAAGUGUUUUGACAAAGAACCAGACUUCAAGCAGCAGAUCGGAUUGGUUGUACUGGGACCAGUGAUAGAAGAUCUGUACAAACGUUCAUCAGCCCAAAUGAAAACAAAAGAUAUUGUGAUGCAAUCUAUGGCAAUUGCCAUAGCAUGCAAUAGUAUUCAAAUAGACCUGAGUUUGCAGCAUUGGCAGUAUCUAUGCAGAUGUUUGCUUGUCUCUCCCAACAACCAAGAAAAGAAGUGUUCUGAUUUUGAAGGAGUUUUGACGCUAGCAACAAAUGAAAAUUUAAGGAAGGCUUUGUUGAACAUUGUGAAGAUGCAGCCAAAGUCUGAUAAAGACCCGUCCUGGAUGUUUUGCCUUCCAUUACUGCAUUUUGUGUUUGGAGUUUGCCAACCUUAUGACGAGUUGGGUGAAGACAUGUCCCAUGCAUCCCAGGCACCAAAAUGGUGGGGCAUUGUGGACAUCAAACCAGAAAUUGAUCAAUUUAAAAACAAUACAAACAAGUGGAAUAUACCUUUGGAUCAUGUGCUGAAAUGCUUACAACCUGUGUUUGGACUUGACCCAUAUUUAUCCAGAAGUAUAGUUGCUGCAUUAACACCCAUUGAGUUGUAUUGCCUCUGUGACUCUGAUGCAAUUCCGAUUGAAGUGUGCCUGGCAUCAUUGUUGUUUUGGAGUUUAGCCUCAAAUCCGAGCUAUACACAACACAAUAUUGUUUUGGAGUUGUAUGAUAAUAACGAAAAGAUUGUCUGUGACUGCCUUUUGCUUGUCAUAAACCGCUUGUUGAAAACUGUUUUAACAGAGAAUGAAUCGUUGGUCAAAUGGGCAAUAGCUUUCAAACUCGGUGUUGAAGGAGUGGAAAAAAUGUACAGAACAAAUAGAAUUAUGAAAAUUUCAUGUUGGAGUGCAAUCUUUCUACUCUGUAUCACAACACACCGUCGAUUAGUUGAAUCGGAAUCUGCGAAGGGGCGUGUGGACAAACCUGAUUACGAUGCACAUAUAUCUGCUGUUGCAGGCAAUAUAGCAUCAUGGCUCAGGUUAUACUCUCCAUUGGAUAUAACAUACAAAAUGGCUACAUAUUUGAAUUACUGGAACUAUGCAUUCGUAUCUUUUGCUGGAGAUACAUUCAAUCAUUGGAAUUCAUGUUUGGCUUUGGAGCUGAAGCAAAAUUUAGGAAACCAGUUCUCUGGAAGACGGAAUGUAAAGGAGGAGUUUGUAGCAGUUUUUUGUACUCAGCUGGAAUUAUUUCAGAAGCCACUGCAAGAGUGUCUUACAACAUUAGCAAGCGAGGCAAUUGACGAAGGACACACAGUGGACUACCAUAAAAUGAAUUCAGAACAAAAGCAGAGGCUCAAAUGGCUAAUGACUAGCAUGUUUCACAAGUUCUGGAGACAGUACGUUUUGAGCGAUUCUCCCAAUGCCUCUCUUCAAAUUCUGAAAAUGGCAAUCACAUGGCCACCGAUAAAGUUGUUUUUGAAAAACAAAGACGAGGGAAGUGAGAAUCAACUGUUGUAUGAUGACGCUCGAGUGAAUCUUGAUUUGAUCAUAACGAUGUGUAAUAGUUGUUGGGCUUCAGUUGAAACUGGAGACAUUGAAAUCGGAAUGUUGCGUAUGAUAAAUGAACAUGUGUCAGGUUUUUCGGCGAUUAUGAACAUACUAUUGCCGAAGGAAAACGCAGUUCUGUUUAGUAGAACAAUACAAGUGAGGAUGAUUGAGUUGGAAGCAUUUGAAGCCCAGUCAAGACAGUUGUCUGAACUAGUUAACCACUGUCAGAUUAUUAAAGUCGAUACAACUGAUGUUGAUAGAAUUCUCACUAUCACGACAAACAACUUGGAAUCCCAGCCCCUCAACAGGUUUUGUGCAACAGUUAAGAUGAAAUCAGUGCAAGAUGUUGUGGAACCGAAAAUCACAGCUUUUAAAAUUUCAAAAGGAGUGUUGGACAUAUUGGGAGCAUUUGUAAAACGUAAAGAAAGUUUUGUGUUCCAAAGGAUGUGGAAUGCUACAUGUAACAAAAAUGGUCAAUUGUGUAAAACACUUUCAGACGUUGUUGACAACAUUUGGAGUCAUGUUGAAAAAGAAUGGAAAGAAUUUGGAGUUAAACUGGAAACUGGAAAUAUCCUGUUUCACGAGUUCAAUUCAAUGUUUAAUCACUUUCGAGAUGACGAAAAACGUCUUGUAUUCGAAAUAACAACCUUUGGAAUUUCAGAGGACAUUGCAUGCAAUCGGAUCCGUCAAGUUCAUGAGCACAUGCAACUGCAGUCCUGUGUCAGUGGCGCUAAAGCGCUUUUAAAAGUUCAGCGCAAGUACAAUCUGCGUGGUGACUUUGAAGCGAUCAAAAACAUAUCUGAACACAUAGAUCACCACUUUAAAAUGAAAGACUUUGACACGAGAUUGAUGAAAACAUUCCAAGUUCUUAAGGGGAUUUCAGAACCGCAAGUCCGAUGUUUGGAAGUGUUCCUUAAGUGUGAAAACCUAACAUCGUGGCUCAAAGAGUCAAUGAAAGCAGCUGGACAAAAGGAAUUGAAAGUGUUCGUAGACCUUGCUAUGAUGUCGGCUGGAGAGGAACCGAUGAACAUCCAAAAAGUGCGAUGUCUGCACUCAGCUGUGCUCGGCUAUUCACCACUUAUUUUUGAGCUGAACUCUAACUCUGACUGUGACUAUAGUGCAUUGAUAGACAAAUGCAAAGUUGUAUGGAAAGAGCUUGAUGCUAAUCCAAAUUUACCUAAACAGUUGGUUGAUACAGACAGAGAACUUCCUUGGCUCAAGGACAUCAAGAAAGCUCAUGGCUCAGUGGAGGUGACGUCAUUGAUGCAAGCGGAUGCCAUAAACAAUGAUGGUGUUUACACUGUUGGGUUAAUAUCUGGAAUGGAAAGCUCGAAUGCUGACAUUAUGAAAAAGGAUGUUAUUAAAUUAACGGUACCCGAAAAAGAACACAAGCGUCAGAUUAGAAGCUACACCUUCUCGCAGCUCCAAGAUCUACAAAGUCGCCUGAUGUUGGUGGCUGGCAAAAGCACGCUAGACAAGAAGGAUGUUGAAGUGGAUGUUGAAAUGUUCACCUCGGUGUUUGAUAGCGUUACUCGUCUGGGUAACGUGUUUAGAAAACUGUGUUUGACGGGCUGUGUGUUGUUCAACAGUUGGAAAGCUACAUUCAUGUGCAACACAAGCAGACGGGUUUGUGUCAUACUCGCAUUUGGUGAAGGAAAUGAUGUACCAAAACUGAAGGGUGGUGUUUCAAAUGAAGAAGGUUUGCAGAAUGUUAUUCCUGACCUUGCAAAAUUCAUGGAAAAGUGUUUGGAGGAAUGGUUACAAUACAUUAGAACUAAACGAGUUGAAUAUUUCUACCUGAACUAUUUUACGGUUGAUCAGUUAGUCAUACUACAACGAGAGCUUGUGAAAGUUGGGUCAGACAAAGCACCUUCAAAUCAUAUAUACCCGCUGUUGUCAGCUGUGAAACAGGAUUGCACACCAGCUGACUUAGUAGCAGCUUUAAACCUCGCGAAAGAGGAAGUGGAUAAUCGCACUAUGAAAGAAGAUGUUGAAAGCUCUAUAAGCACACCAAAGAAGGAGAGUAAUGAGGACAACAAUGCACAUGUUCUGGAUGAGAAAAAAAUCGCAUUCGUUAAUGAACUUGUUGCUGCAGGGAUUGAGGAGUCAUUAGCACUUCGAUCUAUCGAUCACAUUGAUGUGAAAGAUAUUGAAUCCAAGGAUGUAACACAAGCAUUGUUAUGGUGCAUGGAUGAAGCCGAAACGCACCAGAGCACCAGCCCAUUAAAGGAUGACAUUGACGUUAGUGAAACGAGGGAACCCCCAAACACUACUCAGUCAUUUUCUGGUUGGAAUGAUUCAACUUCCACCAUGGCCUCCAUUAUUAAAGCAAAUCUAGCCAAACUACAUGAGCAUAGUGCGGGUGUAGCUGAACUGAUACAGGGCCUUUCUGAACUAUGGAAGAGCUUCUUGGGGUCUAUCUCCUCCAACAUCAGCGACUAUCUUAAUCUCGAGUAUUUGGGGAUUGUCCUGAAGUAUCUUGCAGAACAAGAGAAAAUUCACAGAAAACUUGCAACAAGCUUCAUUGAGGGGGAGCCAAAUCUUAUUAUUUGCCCUACAGAGGAUAUACCGAAGGUGACACUGUCAGUCUAUAUGCAUGACAAAGAACAACCUCUUCCUUUGUCUGAUGAAGUUUUGGUCUGUUCGUCGUUAACGUCAAAGGACGAGGUGGACAUAUUUUGGCGUAGGGCAAUAUUUGGAGCUGGAGGAAAGAUCCAUUGUCUCGUUAAUGCAGAUUUGUUGGACUACGAUGUCAGUGCGGCUGCAGAACAAAACCUGGAGGAAUACAUUCUGGAGACAAAGCACAAAUCUGAUUUGAAAUACAGACUUUUUGUAAUAUGUGGGUUGGACAAUGAAUAUCGCUCUCCAUUUGUGUCGUCUCUGGACAAGUAUGUUCGGCAGGUGCAAACUGUCAAUCCAACAUUACUGAGAGAAUAUGUUGCAGAAAAAUUAGUAGUCCCCAAAACAAGAACACAGUCUGCUUCCAGCAUUGACUUUUAUAGGUCAUCAGCACGUAUUGUGAAAUCGAGUCGGGCAGGUGUAGGAAAGAGCUUGUAUGUAAAACGUCGUGCUGAAGCUCUGUCCAUUCAGUUUGGUCAGAAAUUGAAGAACCUGGAUACCAAACUAGUGUCCAUACCAUUACAAGAAAAGAACAUUGACAUUCAUGAAGUGAUUCAGAUAUUACUUGUACACACACCGACACCGGGAAUAAAGACGGCGAGGAUAUUUCAUAUUGACAUCUCCCACGAGGUGCAAGAAGGAAUAGACUUCCUUCUGUUCAAUCUUCUUAUCCUGAACUGCCUGAUGGACAAGAACGGCUAUGUAUGGAGAAGGAGCAUAGACGACAUGUGUUUAAUUGAAACGAUGCCAAUCAUGAAAGUGACCCGUGAAAAGCAUGAGAUGCAGUACGCACAUCCGAUGUUCGACAUACUACCAGACGUGAUAUGUAGAUCACCAGAAGAGAGUUUUGGUGUAUAUUCUGGCGAAGCACGCAUCAAACCAACAGACUACAAGAUGACGGACCAACUUUUUGACGAGAAGCAGUUUAGAAGUCUGGUCUUCCAGCGCACGUUCCAAUAUCUGCAACGACUCGACACUGGUAGAAGCAUGAAUGAUGUCAACCCUGGGAGUCCUGAAGGGGAUCCCAAAUUGUGUUUGCAUGUUUUAUUACGGCGUUGUGGUGUGAAGAAUCCAUCAUGGUCUGAGCUGCAUCACUUUGUGUGGUUCCUCAACACUCAACUGGUGGACUUUGAGCAAAAUGCGUUUGUGGGCACGGCUGCAGCAGAAGAUCUUCCUGGAUUUGCAACAUUUGUUCUGCGAUUCCUGAUGCAGAUGUCAAAGGACUUUUCAACAAGAUCACUCAAGAUCAGCGAGGAAUCGCCGGGUUGUGCACCAUUGGAUGACAUGAACGAGGAGGAAGAGGAAGAUGAGGACACUGUCUUGAACCGCUUAUCAUUGAGACGAACUUGGGAAAGCAGCCCACAUCCCUAUCUGUUUUUCAACUCGGAUCACUUCACCUUUACUUUUUUGGGGUUUUUCAUUCAACGAGCUACAGGGAAUUUAAUAGAUCAGCAGACUGGCAUGUUACUUGAACAAGGCAUAAUGGCACAGAAUUUGUAUGAUGGAUUAGUGAGGAAUCGUGCACCAUUACAAGAAAACUUUGACUGUCUCCCAAGAGACCAAAAAAUACUAAAAUUGUGCAACAUUAUGGGCAUAGAGUUUCCACAUGAUCCAGACAGUACCUAUGAACUUACAACAGACAACGUGAAGAAAAUCAUGGCAAUCUAUAUGAGAUUCCGAUGUGACAUUCCUGUUAUUGUUAUGGGUGAAACCGGUUGUGGUAAAACACGUCUGGUCAAGUUUAUGUGUGCUCUGCAAUCUCCACCAGGAGUCAACGUCAACAAUAUGAUCCUGAUGAAGAUACACGGUGGAACAACUAAAGAUGACAUAAAAAGAAAGGUGCACACAGCGGAAGUGAUAGCAAAGAAAAAUGUGGAGGAUUAUGGCCGCCAUAUGUACACGGUACUGUUCUUUGAUGAGGCCAACACCACUGAAGCGAUCGGAAUAAUCAAGGAGAUCAUGUGCGACAGAUCUAUAUGUGGCGAACCACUGAAACUGUGCGAAAACCUGAAAAUUAUUGCAGCGUGCAACCCAUACAGAAAACACCCAGAAGAGCUGAUAAAGAAGCUAGAGCAAGCCGGUCUGGGCUACCAUGUUGAUGCAGACGAAACAACAGAUAGACUUGGACGAGUACCAAUGAGACGCCUGGUGUACAGAGUCCAACCACUUCCACAAAGUUUGCUACCACUUGUAUGGGACUUUGGACAGCUAGACACUGAAGUUGAGAAGUUGUACAUAUGCCAGAUGGUCAAAAGAGCUGUGGUUGAAGAACGCCUGCCAAAUAAACCUGGCUUGGUGGAAAUUGUGAGCAGUGUCCUUGCAACAUCACAGAAAUACAUGCGGGAUCAAAAGGAUGAAUGCAGUUUUGUUUCAUUGAGGGAUGCAGAGCGUGUCCUGUUGGUUAUGGCAUGGUUUUACAAUCAGGCUAAUGAUAAUAGGUUUUUGUUUGAUGCCAUGGACGCUAAAAUAGAAGAGAAUGAGGAAAAUGAUGACGAUGAGGCCAUUGAAGUAAAUAGACUGGACGAUUUGACUCGCUGUUUGGUUCUUGCAAUCGGGGUCUGCUAUCAUGCCUGUUUGAAAACCCGAUAUGCUUAUAGAGCAGCCGUAGCAGCUGAGUUUAAACAACCAUGCCCAUUGCCGAAUGGGGCUGACCAAAUAUUGCAAGAAAUAGAAUGUUGCCAAGAGGUAUUUCUGGACAAUGUGAAACUUGACGAUAACAUUGCCCGCAAUACAGCGUUGAAAGAGAACGUCUUCAUGAUGGUGGUUUGCAUUGAAUUGAGGAUACCACUGUUUCUUGUUGGGAAACCUGGAAGUUCAAAGUCUCUCGCGAAAACGAUUGUUGCAGAUGAGAUGCAGGGUAACAGCGCCCGACACCCGUUGUUUAAACAUCUUAAACAGGUCCAGAUGGUCUCUUUUCAAUGCAGUCCGUUAUCCACACCAGAUGGUAUUGUUGGAACCUUCCGACAAUGUGCAGAGUUUCAGAAAGAUAAGGAUCCAGAUACGUUUGUAUGUGCUGUUGUUCUGGAUGAGGUCGGACUAGCGGAAGACAGCCCACGCAUGCCACUGAAGACAUUGCACCCACUUCUGGAAGAUGGAUGCCAAGGUGAUGAAACACCGGAACGUUACAAGAAAGUUGCCUUUAUUGGUAUCUCAAACUGGGCUUUGGAUCCCGCCAAGAUGAACAGAGGGAUCCUAGUGCAGCGGGAAGUUCCAGAUCUGGACGAAUUGAUCACUAGCGCAAAAGGCAUUUGUCAAACAACUGAAGAUGUUGAAUCAUUUUUGGAUCCUUUCCUUGAACCGUUGUCAAGAGCAUAUCUGGAGAUAUUCCAAAGAGCAUCAGACAGGAUGCGUGAGUUUUAUGGACUCCGCGAUUUUUACAGUUUGAUGAAAAUGGUUUACGGCUCUGUGGCCAAUAACAAAAGGAAGCCGACAUGGUUGGAAAUACUGCAUGCAAUCAAGAGGAACUUUGGAGGGCUAGAUCUGGUGGACCCCGAGGAAUGCUUCAAACAACACCUGCAAACUGUCAUCCGAUGUGAAAGAAACACAGAUCCUAAACAGGAUGGCCCUGAUUGUAGUGCCAAAGGACUGAUUGAAGCUUGUCUAUUUGAUUCUUUAAAGUCACAAGGGGAGAGUCGGUAUCUGCUGCUACUGACUGAUAAUUAUGGAGCAUUAUCCAUGAUCCAGCAACAAAUCUUAUCCAAGAGAAGUGAGAUUAGGCCAAUAACUAUUUUUGGUAGCAGUUUCCGAAGUGACCAGGAAUACACACAGGUGUGCCGCAACAUAAACAAGAUCAAGGUAUGCAUGGAGACUGGAAACACUGUUGUAUUGCUGAACUUGGAGAAUCUGUAUGAAAGUCUGUAUGACGCAUUGAACCAGUACUAUGUGUUCUUCGGAGGGGAGAGAUAUGUUGACCUAGGCCUAGGGACCCACCGAGUAAAAUGUCCAGUUCAUAAGAACUUCAGAUUGAUCGUUGUUGCCGAGAAACAUACCGUGUACAAAAAGUUCCCAAUCCCACUAAUCAAUCGACUGGAGAAACAUUUCCUCGCAGUGAAUACGAUUCUGAAUGACCGACAGCUAAUCCUUGCUAAGAAACUGCAGGGCUGGGCAGAAGCAUUUGCAGCUGAACCUGAUAGUUUUAUUCACAGUCAUGCAAAUAGAAGACAGAUGCAGGUCGGAGACAUUUUCAUCGGAUUUCACGAAGACACCUGUUCUGCUAUUGUCAUGGAUGUGUGUGAAAAACAUGCAGGCAACAUAGAUUCAUUUUCCGAUGAACAGGUUCUCGAAGAAGCCAAGAAGAUCCUGCUGUGGUGUGCCACACCUGAAUCCAUUUAUCGUGAAAACAAACUGUACAGUACAGAGCGAGAAAACAUGAAAAGGCAUUACAAUGAGGAUCAGGUUCAUGUUAGCGCCAUUGGGUACUUACACCAUAUGAUUGAGGCCAAACAAAGCCCCCAGCUAUUUACACAGAUAACGUGUCAUUCUAAAUUGUUGGCUGCAAACCACGAGAAAGAGAUCAUCAACGCCAUCUCCUCUCUGCAGCGCGUUGAAAUUCUGUCAUUGUCCUCGUUUGAUACAGAGCAGCAGUUUAGUAAUCGAGUCCAGCAACAUUUUGUGCUCAAUCGGAAUCAGCCUAGCCUCCUGAUUAUACAGUGUGAUUCUGGAGAUACGAAUUCUGACUUGAUAGCAUGUGGGCGGUACUGUGUGAUGGAUGAGUUUGAAAAAGUACGGGAUGUUUUGGAGUCUCCCUCUCAUAUUGCAAUAAUUGUUCAACUGCCGAGAAAGGCUGGUGGAUGUUUCACAGGAUUCCAGUGUGGUGAAUGGCAUUCGGUUCAUAUUGACGAUCUGUACCCUGAAGACACCAAUCUACCAAGUAUCAAUCAAAUCCAAGACAAAGCUGUCAGUGAACUGUUUUACAAACAAAGUCGUGAGGAGGAACAUGGUGAGGAAAUGCAGACUGAGCGUGACAGUGAAAAUUUAUACGGGGAAUCCACACGACAGGCUAUGGGCGUUGACCAAGAACCUAAUGCUGAAAUUGAAAUGCACGAGGGUCAAAUAAAAAACAUGUUGGGACUCAUAACAAAAUGUGUUCAGCCUGCUCUUGCAAUUGUUAAAAAUCAAGAACAUUUUUACGAAAGGGAAACAAAACGUGUAGAUAUUGUAUUGUCCUUCCUGAGAAGCACUGCUGAAACACGCGCAGACAAUGAGGGAUUUAUAACUGGAAUCAUCCAAUGGCUUGGCGCAUUACUGAAAGAAAAAGAAAAUGAUGUUACAUGGUACCUCGCUAAGCAGUGGAUCACCAGAGAUGCAGCUGCCAUAGAUAAUAUCAACAAAAACGGGACAUUCCGACGGUCUUGUUAUCAAACGAUCGUAUCUAAAGUGAAGCCAGUGCUAGCUGGAAUAUUUGCAUUGCUAGACACAAAUAGCAACCUGGAUAUGGUUGUAUGUGAUGUAACAUGGAAAAGGGUUUUUUGGCUGAAAUGUCUCAACCAUAAGGAUUUUCUGCAGAUGAAGUACUCGGACUUGCAGUCGCCAAAGCGUAAAAGUGAGCUUGGAGAAAUGAUAGUGCCUUGUACAGGAUUUGCAGGACACCAGUUCAAACUGAGAUUUCCAUUCUCAUGGCUGAUACUCGAGACAGUCGAAACCUUGUUCAGAGACCUUUUGUUUGAAGGAGAUGGAACUGAUCGACUAGAGAGAUGUACCUUAGGAUUAAGGUCUUGUGCUGCUGGUGACAUGAUUUCGGAGCUUCAAGUUGUAUUGUGUGCCAAUCAGGACCUUGAAUUGCGGAACAGUUCCAACCCAACCCUUCAUAAAGUGAUGGAAGACUACAUUCACGACUUUGUACAAACAGUGUACAACGCUGAAAGAGAAACAGAACUAAAUAUUGUGUGCAAAAUGCUGAUGUUCAAAACUCUCAGCAUUUGUGAGUCACACGGUGCAACAACUGAUCUUAUUAGUCACAUUGUAAGCGCCCGAUUUGCCUUCGAGGAGCUGUCGUGCCGACUCUCAUAUUUCCGAAGCGUGAACCACAUCUGGCCAGAUUGCAGUGCAAAGAUAGAAGAAAUACAACAAUCCAAUCCUGACCAUAUAAUGUUCAAAGAACACGAGUUUACAUUUGCUACGUUGUGCCUUCUUAUUGAUGAGCUGAAUCCUUCACCGAAAGAUCUGGAUGACAGAAGCGAACAACUCAAAUGGCUUGAAAGAGUGUAUCGUUAUCGACCAGUUGUAGAAACGAUCCUCCAACUUCGAGGCGAGGGUGCAUUGUUUGGCAAUCACAGUUUUGCAUCUGUGAAAAGAGCAAAGUGCAUGUGGAGUCGAGUGUUAGUGAUGAAGUUAUUCCUGGAAAACGUUUGCAAGAAAGAGACCAAAGACAACAUAACAAUCAAGCACUGUAGACCUUUGUGGGUGCUUCUUGGUGAUGAAACAGACUUUAAAGAAUCAAGAUCUUUUAUGGCUAUGGAAAAGUUCCUUAAAAUGUGUAACAAGACUGCUGUGAAAGACAGUAUUGGGUCUGAAGUAAGAUGUAGCCGCUGCGAAGAAUUACUGCAGAGUGCACCAAUCUCGGUGCCUUGUACAGCCAGACACAUUAUUUGUCAUACAUGCUGUGGUGAAAUGAAAGCUCUUCUCGAACGUAAAUGCCCAGAUUGUAACGAGGAAUUUGAAGACCACUGGAAGCCUGUUGUAGACGAAAAUAGAAAGAUUGGCAAUGAGAAGCUGGAGAAAUACCAGCAGCAGUGUAACACAUUCUUUUUGGAGGCAGUUACCCAACUGUGCUUUGCUGAUGAAGAGCCACCAUCGGAAGAAGUACUUAGCAAGCUUCUUAGCUAUGUAACUUGUACUUCAAAGGUCGGAAGACGGUACACAAAGAACAUGAAUAUAUUUGACACAGGUGUUGAUCCCAACCCUGUCUUCAGAUCAUUCCUGCUGCAGUUGAUGAUGAAGUCGAGAAAUGAGCAAUACGUUUCCAAAUAUCUAAGCCAGUACAUUGAAGAGACCAAUUUGGGUGUGGACGUCAGCACCAGAGAGAUGAUAGACAUGUAUUUGCUGAUCAUACACUGUUGGGAGGAUACACAAUUCCAUUCUUUGGAGCAAAGUGGAGAAUCGAAAUCGCUGAUUGUUUGCCAUUCUCUGGAAAACGCUGUCAGAGUAAUGAACAACCCCGCAGAACUAACUGACUUGUUGUCAGCCAUUGCAUCAACAAGAUGUUGUUUAGAAGUAGCAGCGCAGUGCCUCGUAAGAUGCCUAUCGCAUGGUGCUAGCAUUCAAACAGUAUCACCCGACGAUCGGAAAAUAAUACAAGCUGCUAAAUUGCUGUGUGAAAAUACACUAACAAAUUGGCCAAAGGUUUACUUGGUAAAGCUGUUGUGUCGACGGUAUGGUAUAGAUGUGUAUCAGAGGUUGUCAAGGUCAGCGGUAUCCAUCUUUAAAUGGCUGGCUAUUGAAGGCACCGAACAACAGACGGAGGUAUGUGACAGAUACAUCAUAUGCGGCGAUGCGUACACAAGUAUCAGGGAAGCAAUUGCAAGAGCUGUUCUUGGCGAAGACAUUACCAAAUUAGAAGAGUUACUGCAGGGCAUUCACACACGAGGAGAGCCAGUGGAAACCUACUUGCAACUGGCCAUACACCGAGAGAUUACAUGCUCAAAUGUACGGCAGUCAGCGCGUGGACCUACGCAUGGGUUGCCAAAGCUGAAUGAAUAUCUAGCGGCUUCCAAUAUGAUUCAAGACAAGGACCUGACGGGAAUGUUGGUUAACAAUGAAAUGAAACCAGAUUUCCUGAAGAUGGGACCAGGAAAUGAUCUUACACACCAAGGGUUACAGUGUUUACUUGCUCAUUUUCACAUUGUAAUGUCAAAACUCCAAGCAGGAUCGACACUUCUUGAUCCACUUAUUAUGUUAAUAAAUGGAAAUCCUAUCAUACAGAGCAUGUUAUUGCCAACCAUGCCACAGGAUGAUCUUGAAGACAUCCAAGCUGCUUUGCUCGCAAAUCGAGGAAAUGAUAACCCUGUUUUCUAUCGUUGUCCGAAUGGUCAUCCUUACUUAAUAGGAGACUGUGGUCGGCCUAACUCGGUUGGAAACUGCCCCGAGUGUCGGCAGCAAAUCGGCGGGACUAGUCAUCAGGCGCUACCAGGAAAUGUAGUCAAUUCAAGGGGCGAUUCAACACAGACCGGCCACAUACUGGGUCGAGCCAUUCGAGGUGGAGUUAUGAGACCUGAACGGGAAUUGAAUCCUACCUAUUGUACAGCUACCAGACUGUUCCUCCACAUGGCCAUGUACCUGGGUCCUGCUCAACAGGUGAACGCUGUUAUUAAGCCUGAUCUUGAAGAUAAUCAGGUACCCGGUUUUUUGUUGGAUCACAUCAGUAGUAACAUACACGAUUUACAACGAGCUCUAGGACGAAGUAAAGACGAUGUCCUUCUACUCAUGCACAUAGCGAUAAACAUUAUGAUGAGGAUGAGAGAAACAAGGGUGUCACAAUCAGUAGCCAGAUUGUCCUCGAAAGCUGAUCGAAAAGCAUGGGAAGCUGAGUUUUCUGCCCAAAUUCUACACGACGUCCUUGUGAAUGUGGAUGCAUUGCUGAGAAACUGGAAUAAUCGUCUUGUGACAGACCAAAGACUGGGAGCUGAUCCUUUGAUGUGCCUCAUAUACGAAACUGAUAGUAGCCAAGAACUAGAGGACGCCAACCAGCUGGUGAACAUUCCGAGGAUGUGGAGAUUCCGAACACCAAUUACUAUAGAGCACAUGUGCCAGACCCUCAAGUCCAAAGGUCAAGAUGGCACCAGAACUAAGCCACCUCUUGUUCUUCAACGUUUCAUGAAUGAGGACUGCUUUCUGCAGGCCCUCAGAUAUAUACCAAAUAUUCUCCGUCUUCAACGAGCUCUACUCCAGAAAUACCAGAAGAAACUCGACAAAACUGAAGCAAACUCGAUCAAAGUAAAAGAUUUAAAGAAAGAGCUCGCAGUUGGUCAUGAAACUGAAGGAUUGAUAAAUGAUUUUGCGUGUGCAUGGGAAAUCACAAGGAAGACCCUGGAACAAUAUGGUUGCCCUACUGAGUUUGGAAGAAUGUAUGUUCCAAAGGAGUUUUGCCACCAAACAAUAGAUGAUGACACGCAGAUAGCAGUGUUUCUUCCGUCAACCAGUGGCCCGGGCCUAUGUUCUUAUGUCAUGCUCGAUUUUCUUUUCCGAAAACAAAACAGCUUCUUAGAUAGCUACAUUAUGGGCUCUGGAAGAAAAGACACAAGACACCCAUCAAUCAAACCAAUGGCAGUGACUUCGGCACAUCUGAUCAGUUAUACCCAUGUACAUGACUUAAUGCCCCUUGUGUUGGCCAACUGUCAUUACUCCUUCGAGAUGGGCGUCGGGACCAAGAUUGAGUAUGACUUUGCUGGCAUGGAGAGACAGCUUAUUGACAGGCUUCUCUACUCCAAGUCAAUGAUAGAAUUUGGCCGUUUUCUGGAGAUCGAUCAGAUGAUCUACAGGACUGAGGUUACGAAUCAGAGUGUUUUAAUGAAACUGUCAGAGAGGAUUCCGCAGACAAAUCUGAACGGAGCAGUGCGCACUCAAAUAUGCGAAGAAUUACGACGACUGCCUGAUGUGUGCAGAUCCCUCGAUAAUCUGGAUAUUGCUAUCAGCUUUCUGAAAACAACUGGGGGUCAUCCCACUGCACAACUUAUCACAUUUAUGGUUGAGACAUUGCAGAUUGAAGAUGCUAUGUUAAGUCAAAAGGCCCGCCAGUGCUGUGAGCUGCAGCAUGCAAGGGCGUUGUGGCUGCUGUUGUCAUUCCAAAAAUCAAAGUUUCUAAUAGACUAUCGACAGAGCACAGAGGAGGUGUUUGAAACAUUACAACAUGACAUGUAUACAGAUUUGGAUGCUCAACUGGAAGCCAGUUUCCUAGAUUACAUUAAUAACCUUACCGUGGAUAAACUUACGAACAUACUGGAAGCCAUGCAUGAAUUCCUGCUACUCAGUGUGUCCAUCCGCCAAAACGAUGAAAAUGAGGAUUAUAUAGACACAAGCAGAUACAUAUUUGUUGAUGGGUUGCGUGCGUAUGUUGAACUGAGUAUGUUGGCUCUGGAUGUUGCAACAUUGGAAGACUUUCCACAUGAUAUAUUGUACAAACAUGGAGCAAAAGCCUGGGUUUUGGCUUACACAACUUUGACCAGAAAAUUAGGGAACAGGCGGCGGUACUAAAUACGCAUGUAUGUUAGAACUGUGAUUGUUUAUUUUUGAACUGAGCAUAACUUGCACAAUUGUUGGGUUGUUGAUUUAAUAUUGUAAUAUGUAAAUUGGAAGUUUAUUUAAGUGUUUUGUGGUUCCAUUGUAACUUGAGUGAAGAUACAUCUAUGUUUUGUAAAUAAACCAAAAUGAGACUGUAUUAACUGACUAUUUAUAUAAUGAACAUGCAAUUGAUUGAUUGUUACGCUGUGCGAUUUGAUGUAUAACUGAUAUUGCUAUAAAUUAUUGUUAAAAUGCAUACACAUGUUUUUAUUUAAUAGCAUAAUAUAAUUACAUCACCAAUAUAUGUGUUAAUACUGUUAUAUUUAACAUACUUCAGCCUCACUACAUAGCACAAUCAUUGUACUAAAGUGCAUGAACUUAAGUGACGGCAUUAACGGUAUAUGGGAUAAAAUACUUAUUUUAUGCUCUUUAUACCAGAUUAUCCAUUCAAAUUAUAAGUGUAAAUUGGAUUUAUACUGCUUAUGUAAUUGCAUUAUCGUUUUAACUGUGAGUUUAGUACAUGUAUGUUUUUACACUAUCCUAUUUAACGUUUUAAGUUAUAAUUGAUUUUUUUGUUUGAUAGAAUAUUGGAUGUUAUUUCCAUUUAUGUUGUAUAAGACAAAUUCGUAUAUUUUACCCUUCAUAAUUUUAACUUGUUCAUUACAGUAUUAUGACUUUCUUAUGUAUACAUUAUAUUCUAUGUUCAUAGCGUUUAUACAUUUGACGAUUUGAUAGAUUUUAUUAUGUUUUAUUAUUUUAAAAUUAUAAAUUGUUUGUUAGUAAGUAGUUAAUGAGUGUACAGAAAACAUCAAAUUAUGGAGAUAAAAUGCUUGAAUUCCAUAAGUUUUGCAAUACGAUUAACAUCGACAUAUAAGCAAUGACGCAAGUGAAAAGGCCUGUUGAUUAUAAUUAUUUAUUGAAAUGCUUUCAAAAGGAAUGCUUUCGAAAAACAUAAUCUCUCUCAAAUUGACCAUAACAGAUGACGAUAAAUUGUAAGUUAGCAAUUGUCAACAUGAUUAAAUUAUAACUUUAGGUGCAAUUAAUAGCAAAAAGCACGUUUUUACAUAAAAAAAUGCAAUUGCAUCAUAACGGUUUGCUAUGAUUUUGCUUUUUGGUUUAAUUACAUAAUUUAUAUUUUAUUUUGUGUAUUGAUUAAAAAGCGCCGUUUCGUUGCUUUUCUUUCAACAUACAUAAAGCGAUUUUUGUUUUUAUCGGCCAAUGGUAUGAUUUAUCGAUGAGCUGCUAAAACUUUUGUUUGGUUAUUCAUUAUUUUUUUAUUGCAUAUAAUUGAUGUUAAGCCUAUAUCUUUAAUUUAUGUAAUAUAUUGGU